AUGCGAAACACUAUUUCAAAAGCCGUCACAGGCGCGCUGUUUGCAAGCACCGCAAGCGCACAGAUUUACCCAAACCAGACUUCAUUGAACCACACCUGCCAACUCCAGUCACCUCUCCUCUCUUGUCCUCCUCAAGAUCCCUCCCAGGUCGACUCCUGCUGCGUUGAAACCUAUGGCGGCCUCGUCCUCUCGACUCAAUUUUGGAACACCUACACUGGACGUGAGAGCGAAGGGCAAUUACUCCCUGCCAAAACCUUCACUCUUCAUGGCUUAUGGCCAGAUUGGUGUAAUGGCAGUUACACCCAGUACUGUGAUUUGACUCGCCAAUACGACCCAAGUCCAAGUCCAAAUACCACGAACGGGUUGAAGAAUGGGACGGCUGUAUUGCCAUACACAGGACCCAACAUCGGCACCUUCCUCGAGCCGUUUGGUCGUUUUGAUCUGCUUGCGUACAUGAACACCUACUGGGUCGCCUGGCAGCAAGAUAACCCAGCAAUUGACUUCUGGGGGCAUGAAUUCUCUAAGCACGGAGCAUGUUAUAGUACUUUCAACGUGCCUUGCUACGGCCCGCUAUAUCGCGAAAACGAAGAAGUGGUAGAUUUUUUUGAGACAGCGAUCAAGUACUACCAGCGCUUCCCGACAUUCGCGUGGCUUGAGGAUGCCGGAAUUACGCCCUCGAACAGCACGACAUACAGCUAUUCCGAUUUCCGCGAUGUAUUGUUCGAGCAUCACGGCGGCAUUCCCUUUAUUGGCUGCUCGGGUCCAAGAUACAACACCACAACUGCUGGCAAGAACAGUACGGAUAGCGGAUACACCGUCUUGAGUGAGGUGUGGUAUUACGAGCAUGUAUAUGGACGUCCGCAAGAAGGCAACACCAUUUCUGUGAACGCCUCUUCGACAUAUCUCACCAACUGUGCGAAGACUUCAGGUGCGAUAAACUAUUAUGAGAGAUCGAACGGGUCGGAGAAGGUGCCCACCAUCCCUUACUAG